AUGGCAAGCAAAACGGUUAGCGAUAAAGCGAAAUGGCGUAGAAGAAAAUGUUCUAAAAAUGUUUACGAAGAUAACGACUGCGCGAGCUUAGCCUGGCUCCUGAACUUCAGGCUGGAUGAGAUCGUCAACGUAAAAGUUCCUGAUGAUGAGCCAGAUGAGCAGAAAGUUCCAGAUAGUCCCCCAACUGCAAAGAAACCGCCGUACACUUAUCCGGAGUUGAUCGAAAGGGCUUUGAGAGAGAACGGAGAAUUGACUGUGUCAGCUAUUUAUCAGUGGAUAUCUGACCGUUUCCCAUUUUACAAAGCGAAUGAUGAGCGCUGGAAAAAUUCAGUACGACACAACCUCUCAAUCAACCCACAUUUUCGGAAAGGAGCACGAGCGUCGCAAGGCGCCGGUCACCUCUGGUCGCUGGCAGCCAAUGCCAUCGACUUGCUACCUCUGCGAAACCAGACCUAUGUGGACAUGGAGAAGACGGAAGAGGUACAGGAGGCGCAACUUAUCGAAUGUCCAAAAGUCAUAGUUUUAGACGAAGCCGCAAUAGCGGCGGCCAGUAUCAUUCCAGACCAAGAUCUAUUCACAGGUAACACAAUGUUUCUAAAUCCAGUGUCAACAGAGCAAGUGGUCCGCGAGUGUGGCCUCAUCACUAUGUGA